AUGGGUUGUUGCUGCAGCAAAAAGAACUCGCCCGACAAAGCUCAUACUAAGGGGGAGCUGGAUAAUGAAGAAGACACCCACGUGCAUUCCUUGAUGCUUGCCGGGGAUAGCCUGGCAGAAAGUGCAAAACUGCAGCAACAGCUCUCAAGUCCGCUAGAGCCGCCAGAACCAACUUCAGUGACGGAGACGGCACCAUUCAUCGCACGAAGUACAGGGUCAAACAGCUUUGAAUCCUGUAGGAAUGAGUUCUCGGAAACGAUUGAAUGCUCCUCCACUACGGUUGACGACAAUCACACGGGGCCUCUCAGCUUUCGCCGUCUGGGGACGGUAGCAUCUAGUACGUGGCCGGAUGUAAGCAUACCCACCGCUACAGCUCGCUACGACCACCUCCGAUCCGUGUCAGAGGUUGAUACAGAGGAGGACUUUUCGCAGGUGGAGGGUAGCACUACUUCCUUGCAGGAUCGCCGGCUAGCAUUCAUGGCCCGAGAGCGGGAAAAGACGCUGGUGCGAGUGUUCAUGUUGACAGAGAGUGAGCGGCGACGCGCCAUUGUUGAUUUUUGUAACACCGCUUGCCGUGCCAUGGUGUUCCGGCACUACCGGGGCAUAUUAGCCAUCGAGCGUCGGGGGAUGCUCAUUGUGCACUUCACGGAGCGCUCCGCCCUGCUGCUGCGCAUUACAGUGGUGCAGGAGGCAAUCGGGCGUCGUCUGAUGGAGCACGAGUGGCAGGCCCGGCUGUUGCACGAAAUGCAGCAGCAUCGCAUGGAUCGACGUAGACGUGUCAAGGCUGACGUUCAAAGCGAGAGCGAGACCACCGACGCAUCGUCGGUGCACAGUGACGAGGAAGAGGUGCGCUCGUCGGGUGCCGUAGCCGCAGCGGUGACGCCAACGGGGAGCCGACCCAUUUCAGCUCCCGGCAGUUUUUGGCGGCGGCGGUCCCAACGGCGUCAUCGGUAUUCGUCGUUAUCGCCGUCUGCUCAUCUUCCUCCUCAGCAGCAGCAACAGCAACAGCAGCAGUUAGGGUCCCAGGUGGCUAGUGUCAAAUGUCCUGCACGACUGACUAAGUCGGAAACCGGGGGCUGCCUGCAGCUAGGGGGUAGUGAGGUCCUGCAAUCUCAGCCAAACUUUGGUGCAUGCCAGUCGAUGAAAUCGCAUUCCGGUGGCGCGGAGAAGUCAAUGAAGCGUGCACCGCUUCCUGCCUUUGCAGAUGUAGUAAAUGGGAUGGGAGCACCGUUUUGA